AUGGCUGCCCGCCGUCAGUACUACCAGCCUUCCGCUGUUCCCAUGAGCAUGCCCUCCAAGGCACCAGCACCAGCCAGCAUGUACCCAGUCUCCAGGGUUCCAGGAUCGCCAACAGAUUACUCUGAUGCAAGCACCACUACUGGUAGCCGUACUUCCGGCGGCUUGACCUUCAGCUCUGCUGGCGGAGAUUAUGAUUCAAGCUCAGCCUCGUACUCCGGUGUGGAUGUUGUCGACGUCCUGAGCGAUCGCAUGCAAAAUGCCUUCGACCCAACACCGCUGGACAAGAGCCUGGCAAGCCAAGCGCAGACCUCCGGUCAGAUGCGCGCUAAGCAGCAGGAGCUCCUCGAGCUGCAAGCCAUGGCACAACGCCGCAUGAAGGGUCUGCGAGCAAACUUCAACGAAGGACUCAAGACCGCCCGAGAAACCAAGCGGGAUCUCGAAUGGACCCAGAAGCGCGUCAGCGCCCUCAAGUCUAAGGCUGAGAAGGCCCACCCGGACGAAUACCGUCGGGCAUCGAAGAAAUACACCUACGACGACUACUGA